AUGGCCAAGAAUGAGGAAGGAAAUGGUAGUCCGAGCUGGGGUGCUUCGUCUUUCAUCCCGACCUUAGAUAAUGUCGCUAUGACUUUUGCUAUUGCGGCCUCUGCAAUAAAGCUGCAACCUUAUGUUUUCUUUUCGUCAAAAGAUGAAGGUAGUGAUACCCCUCUGGAAAGGAUACAAAGGCAGGUGUAGAAAGCUGUUAAAUUUUUUUAUGAAACUCCUAAAACCAAGAGUGUUGUGUACAAUCUUGAGGUUUUGAUGAACCAAAAGCAUCAAUGGGCAAAAUUUCAUGAUAAUAAACCACUAAAAGAUCCAUCAAGGCUUUUUGAAAGCCUUGUUGUGGUUGGACUUCAUCCUAAUUGUGAUAUUCAAGCACUUGAGAGGCAGUACAUUGCACAAAAAUCUAAAGGUUCUUUUGGACAAUUACAAAGUGCACUGGUAUCUCAAAAUCAUUCUUGUGUAGAACCCAGUCUCAAACCACAGGUCUUACUUGUGUACCCUCCCGAUAAGCCGCCUCGAAUUAAAUACAAGGAUCUUCAUUCAAUUUGCUUCCGUGGAGGUAUUGAGGUGCUUAAUUCAUUUUCCUCAUUUCCUCUCUAA